GCGCACAACUCGUAGGGAGCCCUUCCUACGAUUUCCCUGACUAUGUCUCGGGCGAAGAACGUCUUCUGUGAUUUGGAGAAAUCGAAUUUCUUCGACUUGCGCGGGAACGGUGUUUUGACGGUCUUGUGGUGGAGCGAACGCGCUUUUUUGUUGAGGAUCAUCCGGGGGUCAAAUUUUUUAGAAUAUUUUUUGGAUCAGGGGCUUGUCCAUUUCCUCACACAGCUGCACAUGGACGAACACACUUUGCGCUGCGAUCACGACGGGCUGUCAAACACGGCCAAAUAAGUGUAGUGGCAGACCUGAUGUAAAUUUGGUUGCUACCACUUCGCGAAUGGUGAGCCCAUGCCAAUGUAAAGCUCGUCCGUCUUAAUGAAGGGUGCCACAGGCACAUUCACCCGAUCCGCACCACCACGUACAAAAAUUCCCUACAAACGGUAUUAAAAGACAGUGCACACCGUUUCGGUGUUGCCGGGCUCCUUCCAAGAAAUGCGAGUUGCGCAUGAAAAGGUGCACAUCACAUGCAGGGAACGCUGCGUUAAACAUGCAGCCGCAUGCCUGUGCCCUCAUGCAGGCACAAUGUUUUCGGUGAGUGCAUUUCCUGCCAUAGACCGCAUACAGCGGUGAAUCGCCACACCGGUUAAACCGCGCUUCAUACGCACAUCUUAAUGGUACGUUCUCCUUCAUUGAACACGUGCUCACACGUUCACAUGCCAUCCUCUCCAUGAUAUUCGGAUAAACACGUCCAAUCAAUCAACACCAUCCCAAAUUUACGCUUCUUGGUUUGUAAUCCCAACUUUUACGCAAUUCGUACCUCAAAGUGCAAAUUACAGAUUAAUUUAUCAGCACCGUGCAAUUUUUCCUAAAACCGUAACUUUUUCUCCGCAUUAAUCACAUUGUAGGAAAAAUCAGGCUCAUUAAUUUUCAUUGGUUCCUAUCAGAAGUGCCCUGUGCAAUGUACAAAUGCAUUUUGUGCUUUAUUACGGGGUUUCUUGCAAAAAAAUGUAAAAUUUUGGUGUUCGAUGACCAUCACGCUCUCUACAACGAGGACGAGAGGUACUUCAUCACAAAAUGCGGAUAUAGCGAAACACAACGGUGCAACCAGUUCAUUUGCACGCUGCACUCCAUUUUCAGCGGGCGCAUGGUAGAAUACGGGCAAAAGGACAAUCUCUGCGAGAAGGUGUGCAAGAUGUACGAAAAGAGCGGUAGCAAUGCCUGUGCUGCGGAGCAAGGUGGGGACAGCGGACAGAAAGAAUUUAAGGAGCUUGGGGAUGUGUUUGUGGAGAUACCCACAGAUUUUACGUUCCAUGGCAUGUCGUAUCCGCAAAUGAGAGGUGUUGUUGUUCUUUGCGAGUAUGGCAUGGGACGAAUCGUAGUAAAUUGAAGUAUUUUACC